CUCAUCGACAUGCUGCAGAGGCUGCACCAGCUGCACCCGCGACACCUACCGACGUUGCUGCUGCUGGCAUGCGCGUACUUUAGCAGCGGGCAGGCGGGCAAGUCGCUCGAGUACAACGAGGCGAUCCUCGAGAUCGACGGCAACUAUGUUGAGGCCAUGUCCAAUAUUGGCACGACGCUGCGCAGCAUGGGCAGGGCAGCCGAGGCCGAGGCGUGGUGGUGGCGGGCAGUCAAGCUGCGGCCAGGAUACUGGGACGCAGUCGAGAACCUGAUGGGCGUCCUGUGCGGCAACAGCAGCGGCAGCAGCGGCAACGGGCCGAAGGACACCACUGCCGCUGGCAGCGCAGACAAAGCAGCGCCGCAGCCGCGGUACAAGGAGGCGCUGCAGCUGUGCGAGUUUGUCGACGGCAGCCUGCGCAUUGCAGACGCGCCGGCGCGGUACCAGGUGCAGGACAAGCAGCUGCGGCGGCUGCAGUCGCUGCUGUACUCCGAGGGCAACCUGCGGCUGGCGCUGGGCGAUGUUGGCGGCGCGCGGCGCGAGUACGAGAAGGCGGUCGACGUUGUGCUGGGCGGGCAGCUGCGGCUCGAGGACGUGGUGGUGCGGGUGGCGGGGCUGGGGGCGCAGGGCGAGGUCCAGGGCGAGGGCCAGGACGGGGGUCAGGCCCAGGCCCAGGCCCUGGACUCGCUGCCGCUCACGCUGCUGCCGCCAGACAAGGCCGUGCGCGUCGCCCAGGCGCUGUUCCCGGCGACGCGCGGUGUGCUGCCCGGGUUCGCGGGGCUGGCGGCGGCGGCGCUGCAGCAGGCCAACCAGGUGGCAGCCAACCUGCUGCUGGCGCUGGCCAAGCUGCACCAGGACCACGCGCUGGUUGUGCAGCCGCUGGCGGUGGUGCUGCCGCUGUACUACCUGGCGCUGGCGCUGGCGCCGUCGCCGUCGACGUGCAACAACCUGGGCAUCAUCCUGUCGGCGAUCCCGACGCCGCCGACGCCGACGCUGGUGCCGUCGCUGCAGGGCGGGCACCAGGCGGCGCAGGCGCCGAUGGGCGCGGCGCUGGCGCUGCAGUACUACACGCACGGGCUGGCGCUGGACGCGCGCCACCCGCACCUGUACACCAACCUCGGGUCGCUGCUCAAGGACCUGGGCUACGUGGCCGAGGCCGUGCGCAUGUACGAGCGCGCCGUCGACGUCAGCCCCGGCUUCGACGUGGCGCUGGCCAACCUGGGCAACGCCAUCAAGGACCUCGGCCGCGUGCAGGAGUCGGUCGGCUGGUACCUGCGCGCCGUGCAGGCCAGCCCCGACUUUGUCGAGGCCGUCUGCGGGCUGGCCAACGCCAUGGCCGGCGUCUGCGACUGGCGCGCGCGCGACGGGCUGCGCGCCGGCGCGGCCGGCGCCGACGACGCCGCGGCCGAGCGCAUCUUCGCGGCCGGCCCGCACCCCAGGGCGCGCGGCUGGAUGGACCGCGUCGUCGAGAUCGUCGGCCAGCAGCUGUGCGACGGCGCCGCGUGGGGCCGCGGGCUGCUGGUGGCGCGCGGCGCGGGCGGCGCGCCGCGCCCGACGCGCGAGCUGCUGCGGUUCCUCGACGCGCUGGCGCGGCUGCUGCCCGACGCGCGCGCCGGCGCGCUGGCCGCGUUUAUCCGCAACGAGGGCGGGUGGGCGCUGCGGCUGGCCGAGCGCGUGGCGGCCGCGCAGCAGCGGCGGCAGUUCGCGGGGCUGGCGCGUGCGGGCGACGCGUCGCUGCAGCGCGUGCGGCUGCCGGGCGGGCUGGCCGCGCCGGGCGUGCCGACGGUGCUGCCGUUCCACACGUUCACGUACCCGCUGGACGCGCGCGAGGUGCGGCUGAUCUCGCACCGCAACGCGCUGCGGCUGUCGUUCGCGGCGCUGGGCGGCGCGGGCGCGCCGGCGGGCGUGCCGCACGUGCUGGCGCCCCCGCCGGCGCCGGCGCCGCUGCUGCACGUCGGCUACGUGUCGUCGGACUUCAACAACCACCCGCUGGCGCACCUGAUGCAGUCGGUCUUUGGCAUGCACGACCGGCGGCGCGUGCGCGUCUUCUGCUACGCGACGACGGCGGCCGACGGCAGCGCGCACCGCGCCAAGAUCGAGCGCGAGGCCGGCGUGUUUGUGGCGUGCGCCGCGUGGCCGACGCAGCGCAUCGUCGAGCGCAUCGCGGCCGACGGCAUCCACGUGCUGGUCAACCUCAACGGGUACACCAAGGGCGCGCGCAACGAGAUCUUCGCGGCGCGGCCGGCGCCGGUGCUGGUUGCCUUCAUGGGCUUUGCGGGCACGCUGGGCGCCGGCUGGUGCGACUACGUGGUGGCCGACCCGGUGGUGUGCCCGCCGUGGACGGUGCGCAGCGAGGUGCGGGCCGGGCGGCGGCGGCGGCGGCAGCAGCAGCGGAUCGCGGCGGCGGCGGCCGAGGGCGCCCAGGGGCCACAGGGCGCCCAGGGGCCACAGGGCCUCGACCCCGAGGAGGACGCCGGCCCGUGGGUGUACACCGAGCGCAUGAUCUACAUGCCGCACACGUACUUCGUCAACGACCACCGCCAGGGCUUCCGCGAGGACGACGAGCUGCGCGCGCUGGCGGCGGCGCCGGGCGACGCGCUGUGGCGGGCCGAGCAGGACGCGCGCCACCGCAUGCGGCGCGAGCUGUUCCCGCAGCUGGGCGACGGCGUGUUCAUCUUCGCCAACUUCAACCAGCUGUACAAGAUCGACCCGCAGCUGUUCCGCCUGUGGCUGCGCAUUCUCGAGCGCGCGCCCAGCGCCGUCGUCUGGCUGCUGCGCUUCCCUGCCGCCGGCGAGGACCACCUGCGGCGCGUGGCCAGGGAGUGGGCCGGCGACGCCGUGGCUGCGCGCCUGGUGUUCACCGACGUGGCGCCCAAGCACAUGCACAUCAAGCGCGGCCGCAUUGCCGACGCCUUUUUGGACACCACCGAGUGCAACGCGCACACGACGGCCGUCGACAUCCUGUGGAGCGGCACGCCGGUGCUGACGUGGCCGCGCCACGAGCACAAGCUGUGCUCGCGAGUGGCUGCGUCGGUGGUCUGCGCCGCGGUGGGCACUGACGCCGGCCAGAUGGUGGUUGGCGACGCUGAAGCGUACGUCGACCGCGCGGUGCGGUGGGCCACGGAGGCCACGUACACGUACGAGUACGCGUAUCCGCCGGCCGAUGCGGCCCCGGCCCCGGAUGCUGCCCUGGCGGCGGCGCCGAUGCGCGGCAUUCUGGACCCGGAUCCGCUGACCGGGCUUGUUCAGCACAAGCUGUGUGGCGGGCCGGCGAUGGACCUGCGCUUCCGGCUGUUCAUGCAGCGCGAUCAGUCGCGGCUGUUCGACACGCAGCGGUGGACGCGCAAUCUGGAGCGCGGGCUGGAGGAGGCUUGGCGCCGAUGGGUGGCCGGCGACGAC